AUGAGCAUAUCACUUCACUCGGCAUCAUCGGAUACGGUCUCUUUGACCAGUCGAAGAACGAUAUCACACAGCAAACAUUGGGUUUAUAUUUUCGAUGAGAGAAUUUAUCAGAUUCUAAAUGUCGUGCAUCCUGGACUACCAAUCGAUAACGAUGCAGUGGAACAUAUACGAUUCUUCUUGCAAAGCAUUGUUUUUGAGCUUAUCGAGGCACGUUCCACGAGUGUCGUCGAGGUGGACAAAACGGCGGGGAGACUGUUCGGGCGUGGACUUGACUCAAUCUGCAAGGACGCAUGGGAUAACAUGCACCAACAACUUCAAAAACAUAAAUUUCAAAAACUGGAGAAGAAGGUUCUGGAGAGUCAGCAUCGUUUAGCGGCUGUAAUCAAAGAAACUCUCGGACCACGCGAGAAAGAGAAAAAAGAUCGUGAGAAGAAAGAGAUCGAACGAAUCGCUGUUUUCAUCUACUACAUUUGUGACAGUGUAACGGAAGACGUUCUUCGACUCACUGGAAACUAUGUCAAGAACAUACGAAACAGCGAACAAAAGAUCACAAUGGCAAAUCUAGAUGUGGCAUUGAAUGCUGAUCGAGCUCUGAUGGAACUUCGAACAAAGCUGAGGAAUGAAGAAGAAGCGGAAUCUCCCGGUGGCUUCGGAUUUCUGGCUGAGUUCGAAGAAUUCGUGGCGGAGGAAACGGAACAUUCAGAGAAGGCUUCAACAAGUAGGCAGACAUAUGAAUCAGUUGCAGUUGAUUUUCUACGAGAUGAGAGGAGAUUUAUUCGAGAAUUGAAUCGAAUCAAUGUAUUUCGAAGGCGUAUCGAAUCAAUUGCCACGUCGGAAGGUGAUAAGAUGAUUGUUGCGAAUCUAUUCGGAAAUCUUCAUGAAAUUCAUGAUCUCGCUCUGAAAAUUGAACGAACACUAGAAGAUGCCAUCGAGUUGAAUGAUACUCAAUGUAUCGGAAUGGGUAUAUGGGAAUAUGGAGAAGCGUAUGAGUUCGAUACGUACACAUUCUAUAUCAGAAGAGACGGAGAGAUCAAUGAAUCAAGGCAUGCCACUUAUGUGAUAAAUGAUAAUGUGAAGGCGCUGCUGGAGAGUGAACGAUUCGCCCAAUUGUUUCAAACUGCUGAACAUUUGUGUGCGAGUUCAUUGGAUGGACAAAGUUUUCGAUUAGCUGUUCAAUAUGUUCUUCCGCAAUUACUUCACAUUCCAAUCUAUCACAUCUAUCAGUAUCACGAGUACAUUAAUCGACUGCAUCAACUGAGUUCAUCGGAAGAAGAUCGUCGGGAUUUGAACGAUUGUCGAGCUGCAUUUGAGCGUGUCGUUGGCUCUGUCUCCGAUAUUCCACCAGAGCUCAAGUCAAGAAUUGCGUCGUUUUUGGAUCAACAAGCAAAGAGUGAAAAGAUUUAUAAUGUGAAACGACUAAAUGAAAUUCAGUCGUCGAUUGACGGAUUUGUUGGAAGUCCAAUCGGAAAAACGUGUAAUGAAUUGGAAAAGGACGGAGAUUUGGGAAUGAUCAGACCAUCUCUACAGUUUUCCAGUGAAAUUACAAAGAAUAAAAGAUGGAAGACGGAGAGAUUUGUUUACGUCCUCGAUCAAAUGAUUAUUCUUUGCAAACGUCACAAAAACUCUCUGAAGUUCAAAGAUCGUUUAGCCGUUCACUCCAUCGAUGUCUUCGACAUACCGGAUUCAGAAGUCACGAACUGCUUCAAAAUUGAGUCACGCGACAAAUCGAGUCUUCCAAAAACGUAUCAUUUCGUUUGUAAAAAUCCAGAAGAAAAGAGACAAUGGAUGGCGGUUUUGGUGAAAGUGACAACGAAAAGCGUGCUCGAUAGAAUUCUGGACAAUUAUGAGAAGGAGGAAGCGAAACGUAUUCCAUUGGUUGUCCCCGGACCGGAUCAAUACAGAUUUUCGGAGCCUGACACAGAAGAUAAUAUCUCUUUCGAGGAUUAUACAUCAAGCAGUGGAAUUCCGGUCAUCAAGUGUGGAACUGUAUUGAAGCUCAUCGAAAGAUUGACUUAUCAUUCAUAUACCGACAGCAAAUACAUACAAACAUUCCUAAUCUCAUACAGGUCUUUCUGUACACCAAAUGAUCUCUUCAGUCUUCUUCUCGAACGUUUCAAUAUCCCAACACCCAAAAAAUUGUUACAACCAAAACAAGGAGGUGGUCCACUUGCUGGUCGUUUCGAUACAGUGCAAUCUCACGGUCUCUCAACAAUGUCAACUUCAUCAGGAAUCAACCCACUCUACGAACAAAAGUUCCGAAAGGAAUUUCAGCAGCCGAUUCAAUUGAGAGUAUUGAGUGUGAUAAAUCAAUGGGUGAAACAACAUUGGUACGAUUUCCAAUGUGAUUCUGUUCUUUUGGAUGCUCUUGAAUUGUUUCUGAAUAGAUGCUGUGAUCCAAGAGAAGGACUCACAAAACAACACAAGAAAUUCUGUAAGACAAUCUUGGCUCUCAUCGAGAAGCGUGUCAAGAAUCCACCUGGAAUCAUGCAGCCGCCGACAGAAAACGGAGACGAAGGACACGUGAAUAGUGCAUUCGUGUUUGGAGAUGAUCAACAACACAGUCCGUUGCUGAAACAAUUACGUCAUAGGCAGGUGUAUACGAAUGAAAGUCCGAACGAGAGUAAUCAUUAUUCAUCAAGACGUCCGGAGAUUCUCUGGCAUACUGCUCAAAAGGGAGACGUCGACCACUAUGAUCUGCUCACUCUUCACCCACUUGAAAUCGGAAGACAGCUGACUCUCCUUCACUUCGAUCUCUAUCGCGCUAUUCAACCCAUCGAACUCGUUGAAGCAGCAUGGACGAAGUCUGAAAAGUGGAGAAAAAGUCCACAAUUGCUGAAACUGACUGAUCACUCGACACUUCUGACCUAUUGGGUAUCCAGAUCGAUUGUUGAAACAGAGUCUCUUGAAGAACGAAUGGCAAUGUUCAAUCGAGUACUGGAAGUGAUGUCUGUUUUUGAGGAACUGCAUAACUUCACUGGUCUCGUCGCCUUCUAUUCUGCACUCAAUUCGUCGUGUGUCUUCAGGCUGAAAUGGUGUUGGGAGCGUUUGGACAGUGAGAAACAAAAAUGUUUCGACCGAUUCAAUACACUUUGCGAACGUCGAUGGAAUGAAAUGCAAAAGCGUCUCUCCUCAAUCAAUCCCCCUUGUAUUCCAUUCUUCGGUCAUUACCUUUCAAAUAUUUAUUUCUUGGAGCAAGGAAACAGCACAUUCGUCAACAAAUCACCUGCCAAUGCAAAACAGAAGGACGAUAUGAAGUCGUCGGACCCGGACAGCAAACAAUUCAAGCAGCUGGUCUCGUUUUUGAAAUGCCGAAAGAUUUCAGAUGUUAUUCGGGAAAUUCAAAUUUACCAGAAUGAGAGAUACUCAUUGACUUUGGAGCCAACUAUUCGGUAUGCUCUCAACCAAAGAUAA